AUGCUCCUUGGAACCGACUGGAUAAAUGAUAAAAUCAUGGAUAUGAUGAUGGAGGAGCUGACCUACUACAUCUUGGACACAUCUGAGUCAUCACCAUCUAUCAUUGGAAGCACAUCUUUUGCAAGAGCAAUCAACGCAACAGAUGCAUAUGAGAGAUACACCAUCUUGCUGUUUUUACUUUCCAGUGUUCACUAA